AUGGCAGAAGAAAUGCUGUUUGGACAUCAAAAUGAAGCAUUUGAGUAUAUGGACGAAAGGACGGAUGAUACUGUAACCACGGAAUCAGGCUUCAUAACCCCUACCAGAGUUCCUUAUACACGAUACCGAUUGAAACGACAUAACUACAAACUUAAUACCGAAGGUAUCAGCAAAUCAGGGGAUGAAGAAGUUGAUAAGAUGAAGAAAUUGGACGAGAGUCCAUCGGAAGAUUUACCGUCGUCAUGGUUGGGUCGUGUCAGAAAAUCAUUUCAAGGAGAUUUCGGAUCAUUAUGCUUGUUAACAUUUCUCUAUUUACUGCAAGGCAUCCCUUUAGGUUUGAUUGCGGCCAUUCCACUUGUACUGUCCAGUAAACAUGUAUCAUAUGGUCAGCAAGCGGUCUUCUCAUUUGCACAUUGGCCUUUUAGCGUGAAGUUGCUUUGGGCACCAAUUGUGGAUUCGGUUUACUGGAAACGUAUAGGUCGUCGGAAAUCGUGGAUGGUUCCAUGUCAGUAUCUUAUUGGCAUUUUUAUGCUUUCAUUGUCCUACAGAGUUUCCGAAAUUAUGGGUGAUAAUGGUGCAGAUUCAAAGCCGCCAAAUGUGUUCUUAUUAAUGUUUUUGUUUUUGCCAUUGAAUUUCCUUGCCGCUACACAGGAUAUAGCCGUGGAUGGUUGGGCGCUUACCAUGCUUUCUAAAGAGAAUGUUGGGCAUGCAUCGACUUGCAAUGCAGCAGGUCAAACAGCUGGCUUUUUCUUGGGAAAUGUCAUGUUUUUAACGCUGGACUCACCCGAUUUUGCCAAUCGUUUCUUCCGUAAUAAGCCGGAGCCGUUCGGCUUAAUAAACCUAUCCGGUUUCAUAUUUUUCUGGGGAUGGGUAUUUCUGAUCACAACAACGCUGGUACUCAUUUUCAAAAAAGAAGUUGAUCAUUCCGUCAUAGAUAAAGAUGAUGCUGAUAACAAGAAUGAGGUGUUAGAGUUAGGAAUUUUUCAAACCUAUGCCGUUUUAUGGAAAAUCUUGCGGUUGAAGCCAGUUAUGUGGAUGGUCAUCAUCUUACUAACCGGAAAGUUCGCAUUUGCGGCAACUGAUGGGAUCACAGGUUUAAAAUUAAUUAGUAUGGGUAUGCCGAAGGAUAAGCUCUCCAGUAUUGCUCUGUUUUUGGUACCUUUGCAGGUAUUGCUACCGUGGGUAGUUGGCAAAUAUAUAGCCGGUCCGCGACCUCUGAAUAUUUUCCUCCUUGCUUAUCCCUAUAGGAUAUUCUUGAGUGGGGUAUUUGCAACAAUGAUUUGGUGCACACCUCCAUUGUCUUCUAGAGACUUCCCAGCGUUGCUCUAUGUUGUUUGGAUCGUAGCAUACUGUUUCCAUCAAGUGGCAUCCUAUAGCAUGUUUGUGUCACUUAUGGCAUUCUUUGCCCAGGUAUCAGAUCCAGCAAUCGGAGGUACAUAUAUGACUUUGCUCAACACAUUAAGUAAUUUAGGCGGUAACUGGCCUGUCACACUUAUUCUUUCGCUUACAGACCAUUUCACUUUUAAGAAUUGUGUUGUUAAAGGGACCAAAACCAUUCUUGGUUCAUGCAAUACUGAAGUGUCAAUGAAUCAAUGCACAACAGAAGGAAAUGUUUGCGAACUGGCUGUGGAUGGCUAUUAUAUCGCUGUUGCAUUGUGUUCUGUUGUUGGAAUUAUUUGUGCACUUCGUUUAGUAAAAGUGUUGGUGUGCGGUUGGUGGUGUGAAGUGACCUCAUCGAGCAAAAAAGAAAUGGAUAAAACCUACUAUGAUCGAUGGGCUGAUAACGACUACGAGCAGUUAACAGAGUCUUGUCGUCUUGGGCCGACUGAUGGAUCUAAAAGCAGUUUCAGUGCAUCCCAAUCCUUCGAAAACGCUGAAUUUCAAGAAUCCUCUGAAGUUGAGCUUGAAAUGAACCGAUACUAUGGUUUAACUGAAGUUGAUUGCAGUUUAAAAGAUGCCAUAAUGCGGAUGAUUUAUGCGCAAAAAGUGCUUAAUAAAGUAACGCUAACAAAUAAGAGUGCCGAAUUCUGCCGACUGCUAGAAGAUUUCAUGCAUAACAUUGGAGGAAUGCAAAUGAAGCUAAAAGCUUUACUUUCACCAUUUGCAAAUAUGGAACAAUUUUGGACAGAUCCCCUUCCCAUGACCAAUACCGAUCACAGCACAGCAGGCACUACAACAUCACCAUUUGGUAAUACGCCGAUCAACGAACAAACAUGA